GAUAUUUCAAGAGAUGUAAAACACUCAAAUAAGAAAUUCAUUAAAAUUGACAAGCCCCCUGUAUGCCACAAAUUACUUCAGAAAGGAAAGAGGUAUAGAUUAGUUUGCGAGCCAGAAGCUGAAAUAACUCCAGAGGAAAUUGAAUUUGUUGAUGGAUCUCUCCUGAAACUAAAAAGUUACAUUGAAGUCUAUCUGGAGAAACCCGACAACUUCACCUUGUCUUUGGUUGAGCUGGAGUCUGAUGCGACCGUGUGGAAGGCAAAACUAAGAGAGAGUGACUGGAUACAUUACGACCAGAACAAAAACGAGCAGAAAAGAAGCGCAGUCAGUGUCAAAAAACGGAAGCCAGCCCUCGGCAUUUCAGAGGAAGACCAGCUCUGUAGCAAAAAGCAAAAGACGGGCAAUACUGCAGAUGGAAUUGAAACAAAAAACUUAACUGAUAAACAGCUGCUGGCGAUCGCAAAGUUGUUUGAUAGGCAGUGGAGAGAAAUUGCCAUUGAGUGUCUUCAGAUGAAAAUGAAAGACAUUGAGCAGAUCCAGGCAACAGAGAAAGAUGUGAAUAUGCAAAAAUUUCUGGUGUUAAGCAAGUGGAGAGAGAGAGAACAAAGCAACGGAACUGCCGAGGCUUUGUACAGAAGCCUUCAUGAAAAGGUGUCCUACGAGAUACUGCAAGCCCUAGAAGGUUUCUCGGCUCAGUGCUGA